AUGAAGCGGGGAGGCAUCGCGAACCCGGCUUUCGAGCCCUCCAGCCCCAAUCUCCGUCUCAAGCCCAGGGCGAGCGUCAGCCGCCCACGCUCGCCCCUCGGCCGCCCCCCGCCUGAAUGUGAGGAGGGGCCGUGCGGGUGGGGCAGCUUCACCCCUAGGGCUCUGCAGCUGUGCAACAACCCCGAGGGCUACCUGAGCGCCUACAGCCUGUUGGCCGUCUUCCAAGGUAUUGUGGUGAAUGGCCUAGUAAAUGUUAGUAUUUCCACUAUUGAAAAACGUUUUGAGCUGAACAGUUCCCUCACUGGUGUCAUCUCUGCAAGCUAUGACAUUGCUUUUUGUGUAUUGUCGCUGUUUGUAUCUUUCUUUGGAGAAAGAGGGCACAAACCAAGAUGGCUUGCCUUUUCAUCAUUUAUGAUAGGAUUGGGAUCACUUGUGUUUGCCUUGCCACACUUUGCUGGUGGAAUAUACCAAUAUGGAUCUAAACUUGAAGAUACCUGUCAAGUAUCAGGAACUAGCAAUGCUAACUUCACGUGCAAUACCAGCAAAGAGUCUUCACUCUCCAACUACCUCUAUGUCUUCAUCCUGGCACAGCUGCUACUGGGCGUCGGAGGAACUCCCCUGUACACUUUGGGCACAGCCUUCAUUGAUGAUAGUGUCCCAAAACACAAAUCUUCUCUCUACAUAGGAAUUGGCUAUGCCAUGUCAUUGCUGGGUCCUGCCCUUGGCUAUGUAUUGGGAGGGCAGAUGCUUAAUAUCUAUAUUGAUGUCCCUCUUCAAACAAGCACAGAGAUUGAUCCAGAUGAUCCCCGGUGGCUUGGGGCUUGGUGGAUAGCAUUUCUCUUGUGCUGUAUUGGAACAUGGCUUUUGAUAGUACCUUUUUCGUGUUUUCCAAAGCACUUACCAGGUACAGCAAAAGUACAAUCUGAAAAAAUUUCUGAAACUCAUGAUGAUGGAAGUGAGGCAUUUGUUGAAGACAGGGAUAUUGGGAAAACUUUUAAAGAUUUUCCAGUGGCUCUUUUGAUACUGCUGAAGAAUCCUGUGUUGAUGUGUUUAAUAGUAGCUGCUUCUACAGAAGCUUUAGUUGCCACUGGCUUUGCCACAUUUCUGCCAAAAUUUAUAGAAAAUCAGUUUGGACAGUCAUCCAGUUAUUCAGCUACACUAGGAGGGAUUGUAUUAAUUCCAGGAGCAGCACUAGGCCAAAUCAUAAGUGGCAUCUUGGUUUCCAAGUACAAACUGGAUUGCAAAAACAUAAUCAAGUUCAUAUUAGGCACUUGCUCAGUGGCUCUACUAUUGAACACAGUGUUUAUGUUUUCUAAAUGUGGGAAUGAACCAUUCGCAGGUGUCUCUGAAACAUAUAAUGGAACAGGCAAGUUACAGAACUUGACUGCACCAUGUAAUGCUAACUGCAACUGCUUACGCUCCUUUUAUUACCCAGUUUGUGGCAGAGAUGAAGUCCAGUAUUUUUCUCCCUGUUUUGCAGGAUGUACAUCUUUUACUGUUCAAAAAAGGAAAAAGACUUACCAAAACUGUUCCUGUAUUGGGAUGCCAAAAAGAUUACCUGACUCAGAAGAGGUCCCUUUUGAGGCUCUGGCUGGGAAAUGCCGAACACAAUGCACGUUCUUGCCUCUAUUCCUGGGCUUUUUCUUUUUUGCUGUUGUUUUCACUUUUAUGGCUGUUACUCCAACUACUGUGGCCAUCUUCAGGUGUGUGCCAGAUAAACAGCGUUCAUUUGCUCUGGGAGUGCAGUCAGUGUUUCUACGAUUAGUAGGCACUAUUCCUGGACCAAUUUUGUUUGGUGUGGCAAUAGACAGUAGCUGUACUCUGUGGGAUGUUAAUAAAUGUGACAUUAAAGGAGCCUGCUGGGUCUACGACAACUCAAAAAUGGCCUACAUGCUGAUUGGUAUAAGUGCAGCUUGUAAAGUCAUCACUAUCCUUUUUAUUAUCAUUGCAUUCUGCUUAUAUAAACCCCCACCGGACAAUUCUGCAACUUUGCAAAAGGAUGCUGAAAUGGUGUCUGCUGUUCACAUGUAA